AUGGCGCCAGACCUGGAAGAGAUUAGCCUCUGCGAUUGCCCAAGGCUGAGUGUCUUGAUUGAAGAAGUGGGCAACAAACACCUGACAAAGAUUAAAGGACAGGCAUCACUUGCAUUUAGCAGUACAUCAUGUUGUGGGGCUAAACAAAGCAGGACUUCGGAAGGGAAAUCUGUAGAAGGUGAAACUAGACAAAGCUGGAACUUGGAAGGGAAGUCUGUGGAAGGCAGCCGCUUCACCAGCUAUGGUGGGACUUGGGUUGCCAUCAAAAGGUUGUACUCUGGAGCCGUGCUAGGAACUGAAGAGUGGAAGUCAGAGGUCACCUAUAUUGGCGGCUUAUCUCAUCCUAACAUUGUCGACCUGUUGGGAUAUCGUUCAGAGGGGAGAGAGCGCAUCCUUGUUUAUAAGUUCAAGGAAAACCUGGAACAGCUUUCCACGACUUUCAUGGGACUUACGGCUGAAGAUUGCAGUAGGAGCAGCCAGAGGCCUGGCUUUCCUACAUCAGUUGGAAAUACCAGUUAUCUACAGGGUCUUCAAGGCCUCAAAGAUACUGUUGGAUGGUGCUUCCGCAUGGCUAAUCUUGCGGUCGAUGAAUCACAUUUGACAACCGGGGUUAGUGAAACCUAUGACCAUGCUGCCCCUGAGUAUGUUGCAACUGGUAAUUUCCUGACAGUAUCUUGCACUAGUGCUCCCAAGCUUCGUCCUCACUGCUUCAGGCAAUAUGCUUUUAAUAAUUCAUGUUCUGCAUUUAACAGGGCAGCUAACUAG